UUGAUCUCGGUUAACUCUGCCAUACAUUUAGUUUCUGUGAAUUGCUUGUUUUCAUGUGGGUUAUUUUUUAUUUAUAAUUCCCCACAAAGCUUUGUCCUUACAGUGUCUGCAGCAGCAACAGACGAGGAAUGUGGUUGCGUAAUGUAAACGUGCCAAGGGGGUAAUUUACUCAACUGGUUGCUGCUGGAAGUCUGAGAAACGCCUAGUUUCUGAGUGUUUUUUUUGGAGCGACGACAACACAACGCGUUCACAGCAGACACUGCGUGUUUGAAGACGGUUUCGAGCUCACACCGAACACAGUCUUGACACAGGUGGGAACGUGGAGAUCGUCUAUAGACAGAACCAUGGCCGCAGUGCAUCACCCAGGGUACCCACACAGGGACUCACUUUACUGGGAUGAAACAGAGUGCCUCAACUAUUAUGGGAUGUUGUCUCUCCAUGAAGUCUUUGAAAUAGUUGGUUCUCAGCUGACAGAGACUGACAUUGAGGUGCUGUCAUUCCUUCUGAAUGAAACCUGUUCUGCACCACACCCUCUUGAUCCAGCAGGGUGGACAGUUGAGCCCCGUGUGGGCGAUACAGAUGACUCAGGCAUUUCCCCCAGUCCUCAGCUGGAAAAGGCCUGGAGGCGGCUAAAGCCUCAGAGCUCCCAGUCUCCCUUAGUGGCCACGUGUAAGCUCAUGAGUGGCCUUGAGCUGUUGUUGGAGCUGGAGAGGCGAGGAUACCUCAGUGAUGGCAAUCUCGAGCCACUACUGCAACUACUAAGAGUCCUCACUCGUCAUGACCUGCUGCCUUUUGUGUCCCACAAGAAAAGAAGGACAGUAUCUCCAGAUAGAACUCAACACAGUUAUGGAGUAGAGAAUAUACAGCUGGCGUGCGCCUCUGGACUGCAACACAGCUGCAGGCAGACAGAAAUUCCUCUUCCAUCUUUCACACAGCAAUUGAGAACUGGUAUUUACCCUCCUAUGCCAGGGCCAUCUGCUAGGAGGAGGAGGAGGAAGAAGAGGGGAAAUGGCUGGAGUCGCAAGCCCAAGAAAACAACCAGACAGGCCCACCCACUGCCUCCACCACUACCACCACUUAAAGUGUCCUGCAAUAUCCGCCUGCGUGUCCGGGCUGAAUACCUGGAACAUGAGACGGCACUCCGUGAUGGUGUCUCCUCGGACAAGCAGCAGCCCCUGGAGCGGCAGUUUGAAUUGUUUAGCCAAGCCAACUCGCUGCUUCGCGCCAGAGACCUGGGUUCCAUCAUCUGUGACAUCAAGUUCACAGAGCUGGACAACCUGGAGGCCUUCUGGGGCGACUACCUGAGCGGAGAUCUGCUGGAGGCCCUGAAGGCAGUCUUCAUCACUGACUCCCUGAGGAUGGCAGCCGGCACGGAGGGCGUCCGCCUGCUGAUCAGUGUGGACCAGGAUGACUACGAGGAGGGCCGAAGGCUGCUGAGAGCAUCCUCUGGUGGUAGGAGGAGAAUGCUGUCAUCCAGUAAUGAUGGGCGCACAGAGACUCACUGGGUUGUAUAAGCUGAUGAAACUCUUUGGCAUGUAUUAUAUUAACUUUGAAAAAGGUGAUAGUAGGGGAAGUUGUGGUUACAGUCAACCUUGGAAGCAUUUUUAAGGCCUCCUUUUGUAGUAGCAAUCCAUGUAAUAUCCACCAGAUGGCAGCACUUACCAUCUGUUUGUGUUCAGAACAGGCCUUACAUUUUCAGAAAUGUCAAUUUCAGUUGAAACAUUGCUAUUAUUUGUGAAAGAAGAAUGAAUAAUAAUGGAUCAAUGUGCUUUCCCUUUGGAUUCAUGCACAGGUGCUACUUUGUAAGACUUCAGGAUGAAACAGGAUGUAUCAAGAUUUUUCUUCUUAGUCUCAGUGAGGAAAGGAGCAAGCAAGCCUGUGCCACAAGAUCAUGUGGUAAGCUCCUCAUAACAUUAUCAGUCUUUAAUAAAUAAGAUUAAGACGGCUGGGCUGCCACAAAUGAUAGAAAAUACCUCAAAUGACCACACAGUGUUGACGUAUUUGCAUGGUCAUUGUCAAGGUCGAGACUACACACAGACAUACUUCUACACAGACUAAAUAGACAGCAGUCAAACUAAACACCUAAUCUAAGCAUUUAUCGACCAUUUUGUCCAGAAUUAUGCAUAGACAGUGGGUAUUCAGACUCCAGCAUGGCUCUUGAACCCCAAAAAUACGAACAGACCUCUAUUCCCAACACGUCGUGUUUUGCCAUUAGACAGUAGCAUGGUUUUCGUUGACAUGUUGGACUUGUAAUGAUGCUGCAAACGGGCACAUCCUUAUUACAGCUACUUGAAAGGAUAAGGAAAAGUUUCUGAUCUUUAAAAAAUGUGAGAGAAAAUUGAGCACAGAUGGAAAAGUGGGCUGCUCUUGGUACAGAUUGACCUUUGUGUCUAACUUUGGAGAGCCUAGUCCACCCAUAUACACCUAGAUAACAAACAGUAGGAUUCUCUGCCCUGUGUACAACGAUAACCUGACUUGUGAUUGCCGUGGUCAGUGGAUACGGCAGUUGCCAGUAGAUGACAGCAGUGAUUAGGGCUAGGCCUCAGCAGACCAUGGAAGAUUCAUCAUCCCAAGCUUGUCAACAGCAACCCGGAUAAUGCAAUGGUGGCUUGUGUCCGGGCUUCCAGCUAGGCCUCGGCAAGUGCUUCUCUCAGCAAGUAAAGCACAGGACAGUGCGUCGGUCAAUAGAAGUGAUGUUGGGGAGAUCAAAAUCAAAAGUGCGCAUCCCAGCUCCACUCAGCCCUGCUAUGUAGGCCCAGUAGAGUGGCUCACGGACAGCUGUCUACUCACCCUGCUGGAACUAAUGCCUGGACUUCACUCAUAGAAGACGAUCAAUAAGGCCCCUCCUCUAAGUCCCUUCAUACAGGCACGACUUAAGCAGCCAGACUUGCUACUGUCUAAAGUGCCAGGCUCUGCAGGGCCAGGCAGAAGAAGAGACAAUGGACAUAUUUUUCAUGUUUACUUUCGUUGGUCUUUGAUGAAUGAAUUUGUUGAUGUAUGAUUGCAUUGUUCAUAGGAGGAAAAAAGAAGUAAUUCAGGGGCACAUUUUUGUUAAAAUAGAUUUUGUUUUUGUAUGGCUGUUCAUUUUGCGGAAAUCUUUAUAUAUUAAACUUUAUUUCUGGUGAAUAAUAAAAGUUUGAUGGCCUAAA